AUUCGAAAUUUAACUUUUCGGGCGAUUUUUGAGCCACUUUGCUUCUCGUAAUAUCAAAUACCUCAAAAUGAGCGCCUGGAGACAAGUUGGUCUUAAUUACAUAAACUAUUCCAACAUUGCCGCUAAGGUUCUCCGACGAUCUUUGAAGCCCGAAUUACGCGCAGAGGCUAUGAAACGAGAUGAAUCCCAUGUUCGGAUCACCCCUUGGGCUGACGGCAGGCCAGCUCAUUUGAAACAGGCCGCUGCCAAGUAAAGGGUGGAGCAAUAGAGCAGCAUGCAAGAUCACCAGGAAUUAUUUAAACAGAUUAUGGUAGAGUUUAAGUUAAAUAAAAAAUGUUCUAAAUAAAUUUGGAUAUUUUUUCCCA